AUGUAGACAUGGUAGCUCCACCUGCCCUAAUAAUCCUAUAAUAUUCAUUCACACCUUUUAUCACGUUCACUCGAAUCCUAGGGUUUCAAACCUUUUAGAUCCCUCUAAAUUGUUCAUUUCUGCAAAUUUCCGCUGAUUUCUUCCCGUUUUUCGCAUUCAAUUGCAGGUAAAUCACCUGAAGAUCAACCCUACAUCUUCCGCAAAUCAGAUUGCUUCAGUGCACAAAUUUAGUACUCAAUGUGUUCAAUUUUGUUAUCUGUUGAUUGAAAUUGUGAGAAUGAAGAGGUCAUGGAGUAGUGAAGUCUGAAAUUAGGGUUUGAAAUUGCUUCAGUGUGUUUAAUUUUAUUGAGAAUGAAGAGGUCAAGGAGUGAAGUUUUUGGAUUGAAGAGAGUGAAGGUAAAACUGCCACAUAUUUUGUUCGGAUUAGCUGCAUUGUAUUUGAUAUUUGUUUGCUUCGAGUUUCCUGCGUAUUUCGAGACAUCGAGUGGUAGUUCGGAUAAUGAAGCAGUGAGUAAGUUUCAGUUUGAAGUGAGUAAAGCGUCUUUGAGAUCUGCGUAUCAUGAUGAAAUUAGCGAGGCAUUGGAAAACGAUAAUAAGUUCGAGAAGAAAUUAGAAAAUGGUAGUCAGUUUGAAACGGUGAGUCAAGAAGAGAUGAACGAUGGGUUACCGCCGGUUGAUGUAAGGUACGGGCGGUUGACCGGUAAUAUUGUGAGGCAAAGGCAGAGGAAUCAGGUUAUGUCAGGGUUGGAGAAAAUGGCGGAUGAAGCUUGGAAGUUAGGGUUAAAGGCAUGGGAAGAGGUUCAUACGUACGAUGCAAAGGAGACCGAGUUGUCUUCUAUACUUGAAGGGAAACAAGAACUGUGUCCACCAUGGGUAUCGAUUCGUGGUGAUGAACUAACGAAAGGAGACCGGAUGAUGUUUCUUCCGUGUGGUCUUGCUGCUGGAUCCUCUGUUACAGUGGUGGGAACCCCUCGUGUUGCUCAUAACGAGUAUGUUCCUGAACUUGCGAGAACAAAGGCGGGUAAUCCUAUGGUGUUGGUUUCCCAGUUUAAGGUUGAGUUGCAGGGGCUAAAAUCUGUAGUUGCAGAGGAUCCACCGAAGAUUUUGCAUCUGAAUCCUAGAUUGAGAGGUGAUUGGAGCCACCAACCAGUCAUUGAACACAACACGUGCUAUAGGAUGCAAUGGGGUAGAGCUCAAAGGUGUGACGGUUUACCCUCAAAAGGCGAUGAUGACAUGCUUGUUGAUGGAUUUCCGAGAUGUGAAAAAUGGAUGCGCAACGAUGUAGUUGAUUCAAAAGAAUCACGAACAUCAUCAUGGUUCAAACGAUUUAUAGGACGGGCCCAGAAGCCAGAAGUGACAUGGCCAUUUCCUUUUGUGGAGGGUAAAUUGUUUGUGUUGACCAUACGUGCUGGCGUGGACGGAUACCAUAUAAACGUCGGAGGCCGCCACGUCACCUCCUUUCCGUAUCGCGUAGGUUACACACUUGAAGAUGCUACAGGAUUAGCAAUUAAAGGGGAUGUAGAUGUGCAUUCGGUUUUUGCCACAUCACUCCCAACUUCUCAUCCGAGCUUCUCACCACAAAGGGUAAUAGAAAUGUCAGAAAAGUGGAAAGCUAAACCUUUGCCACGUCAUCCCAUACGGGUUUUUAUCGGGAUUUUAUCUGCUACAAAUCACUUUGCCGAGCGUAUGACUAUUAGAAAAACAUGGAUGCAGUCUUCAGCAAUUAAGGCCUCAGAUGUAGUAGUUCGCUUUUUUGUUGCACUGUCUCCAAGGAAGGAGCAAAACGCAGUUUUGAAAAAGGAAGCUGCUUACUUUGGUGAUAUUGUUAUAUUAAAAUUUAUGGACCACUAUGAGCUCGUGGUGCUUAAGACUAUAGCCAUCUGCGAUUUCGCGAUUCAGAAUGUUAGUGCUUCAUAUGUGAUGAAGUGUGACGAUGACACUUUUGCAAGAGUGGAUACCAUCUUGAAAGAAGUCGACAAGCUCCCUCGUCACCAGUCCCUUUAUAUGGGAAAUCUUAAUCUCUAUCAUAGGCCUCUCAGACAUGGAAAAUGGGCUGUCAAUUUUGAGGAAUGGCCUGCAUUGGUAUAUCCACCUUAUGCAAAUGGACCAGGUUAUAUUAUUUCCAUUGACAUAGCCAAGUUCAUCGUAUCCCGACACGCAGAAAGAAAGCUCAGGAUGUUUAAAAUGGAAGAUGUGAGCAUGGGAAUGUGGGUCGAGCAGUUCAACAGUACCAACCCGGUUCAAUACUCCCACAAUAGUAAGUUCUGUCAAUUCGGGUGUAUUGAUAAUUAUUACACUGCGCAUUACCAAUCUCCGAGACAAAUGGUUUGUUUAUGGGAUAAUUUAGCAAGAGGACGGGCUAGAUGCUGUAAUUUUAGAUGAAAAAAAAAAAAAGAUUUUCAGCCGUUGACGCGUGCUGGAUCAUGUUUUUGAUUCAUGUGCCGUGAUUUUGUUGUGAAAAAACUAAUGUACAACGGAAUGGUGCGGUUAAUUUUGCCAUGGCCAUGAAGAUGAAUCAUGUUGGCCAGGAUCAAUGCUUCUAAUCAUCUUUGGUCCAAUGGGUUUUGACUUUUGAGUAUGUCCCCUUGGAGUUGAAACUGGAAAUUUGUAUAGAACUAAUCAAAUUCUGAUCUCGUUUACGCGAAUGGUAGGCGGUUUUAUGCAUCAGUGAUCAUGAUCUUUUUCGGUUA